AUGGUGGUUGUAAUCAAUUAUUGCGGGGUGUUUUGUUACACCAUCUUGGAAAGGCGUUGUUCCAUCUUAUGCGGGGAGUAUCGUUGCAACUAUUUGGGAGAUGUUGUUACACUGUCUUCGAGAUGUGUUGUUCUAACAUUUUUUGGGGGUGUUGUUGUCGUUCCACCAUUUCUGAGACAAUUGAAAUCGCAAUCCUUUCUUCUUCCAUCGCUCUCUCCGUUCUCUUGGGUUCUCCUACGACCUCUCUGGUCUGAAGCUAUUUCCUUCUCUCCCAAACUCUCCAUUCGGCAGUCCUCCCUGUUCCUCUCGCAUCUCUUCGCUUCCGUUCUCCUCCGUCCUUCAAUAAAAUCUGCGUCGUUCUCCUCCGUCCUUCAAUCUGCUCCGCUUCGUUCUCCUCCGCCCUUUAAUCUGCUCUGCUUCGUUCUCCUCAGAGGUCUCCCUCCGAACGCCGCUUCCAUUCUCCUCCGAGCACUCCAGGCGCUCUCCGUUCUGACGCUUCUUCUAUUCUCCACCGAACUCUCCGCUGCAAUGGCCGGAAAAGGAAGGAAGAAAUUGGAAAAUAAACUAAUAGAGUCGGCUUCAGCGAGAAUGGUCUGCUUCUCAAAGCGUCGCAAGGGACUAUUCAAGAAGGCAGAGGAACUCCCCGUCUUAUGUGGUACAAAGGUAGCCGUUCUCGCGUUUUCUCAGGGCGGAAAGCUUUACUGCUCCGACUUCGAAACCUUUGAUACACUUCUCUGUCCUCAAACCCAACUCAAGGCCGACUCCUUGCUCUGCCCUCCACCUGCCGUCGCCGCUGAGAAGGAGGCCGAAAUAUGUUGGGAAUUUGAUUUUAACGAAGCAAUGGCCGGAAACUCUCUCCCUUUUUGGUAUAACAAACCAAACGUCCAGUGCAUGGACUGUGAGGAACUCCGGCGACUGGAGAGUGUUAUUUUGGAGUAUGGUCAUUUGCAAUUGGGCAGAAACUCUUGUUUGUAG